AUGACAAGAAAUCAGAUAAGUAUAAAAUUAAACAGCUUAUCUAUCUAUCUAUCUAUCUAUCUAUCUAUCUAUCUAUCUAUCUAUCUAUCUAAUUUGUGUCCCUUUACAUCAUCAAGUAUUCUCCACUUCCCGCUCUUCCAAGAAUACAGCACCUGGCAUUUCCGUUUUCCCCGCACUUUCAAGCUUUACAUCAUCAAGUAUUCUCCACUUCCCGCUCUUCCAAGAAUACAGCACCUGGCAUUUCCGUUUUCCCGCACUUUCAAGCUUACAUCAUCAAGUAUUCUCCACUUCCCGCUCUUCCAAGAAUACAGCACCUGGCAUUUCCGUUUUCCCGCACUUUCAAGCUUACAUCAUCAGAUAUUCUCCACUUCGCUCUUCCAAGAAUACAGCACCUGGCAUUUCCGUUUUCCCGCACUUUCAAGCCUUACAUCAUCAAGUAUUCUCACUUCCCGCUCUUCCAAGAAUACAGCACCUGGCAUUUCCGUUUUCCGCACUUUCAAGCUUACAUCAUCAAGUAUUCUCCACUUCCCGCUUUCCAAGAAUACAGCACCUGGCAUUUCCGUUUUCCCGCACUUUCAAGCUUACAUCAUCAAGUAUUAUCCACUUCCCGCUCUUCCAAGAAUACAGCACCUGGCAUUUCCGUUUUCCCGCACUUUCAAGCUUACAUCAUCAAGUACUUGUUUUUCUCUCUACUUCCCGCUCUUCCAAGAAUACAGCAUCCCUGGUUAUUUCCUUUUUCCGCACUUUCAAGCUUCCAUCAUCAAGUAUUCUCUGCUUCCCACUCUUCAAGAAUACAACCUGGCAUUCGUUUUCCCCCUUUCAAGCUUCCAUCAUCAAGUAUUCUCCACUUCCCGCUUUUCCAAGAAUACAGCACCUGGCAUUUCCGUUUUCCCCACUUUCAAGCUUACAUCAUCAAGUAUUCUCUACUUCCCGCUCUUCCAAGAAUACAGCACCUGGCAUUUCCAUUUUUUCCACUUUCAAGCUUCCAUCAUCAAGUAUUCUCUACUUCCGCUCUUCCAAGAAUACAGCACCUGGCCGUUUUCCGUUUUCCCGUACUUUCUAGCUUCCAUCAUCAAGUAUUCUCCAUUUCCCGCUCUUUCCAAGAAUACAGCACCUGGCAUUUCCGUUUUCCCGCACUUUCAAGCUUUCCAUCAUCAAGUAUUCUCCACUUCCCGCUUUUCCAAGAAUACAGCACCUGUUUUUCCGUUUCCCCGCACUUUCAAGCUUACAUCAUCAAGUAUUCUCCACUUCCCGCUCUUCCAAGAAUACAGCACCUGGCAUUUCCGUUUUCCCUCACUUUCAAGCUUCAUCAUCAAGUAUUCUCCACUUCCCGCUUUUCCAAGAAUACAGCACCUGGCAUUUCCCUUCCCACUCUUCAAGAAUACAGCACCUGGCAUUUCGUUUCCCCUUUCAAGCUUCCAUCAUCAAGUAAUUCUCCACUUCCAAGAAUACAGCACCUGGCAUUUCCGUUUUCCCGCACUUUCAAGCUUACAUCAUCAAGUAUUCUCCACUUCCCGCUUUUCCAAGAAUACAGCACCUGGCAUUUCCGUUUUCCCGCACUUUCAAGCUUCCAUCAUCAAGUAUUCUCCACUUCCCGCUUUUCCAAGAAUACAGCACCUGGCAUUUCGUUUCCCGCACUUUCAAGCUUCCAUCAUCAAGUAUUCUCUACUUCCCGCUCUUCCAAUAAUACAGCACCUGGCAUUUCCGUUUUCCCGCACUUUCAAGCUUACAUCAUCAAGUAUUCUCCACUUCCCGUUUUUCCAAGAAUACAGCACCUGGCAUUUUCCGUUUUCCCCGCAAUUAUACUUUCAAGCUUCCAUCAUCAAGUAUUCUCCACGUUUUUCCCUUCUUUUCCAAGAAUACAGCACCUGGCAUUUCCGUUUUCCCGCACUUUCAAGCUUCCAUCAUCAAGUAUUCUCCACUUCCCGCUUUUCCAAGAAUACAGCACCUGGCAUUUCCGUUUUCCCGCACUUUCAAGCUUCCAUCAUCAAGUAUUCUCCACUUCCCGCUUUUCCAAGAAUACAGCACCUGGCAUUUCCGUUUUCCCUUCUCAAGCUUCCAUCAUCAAGUAUUCUCCACUCCCCGCUCUUCAAGAAUACAGCACCUCAUUUUCCGUUUUCCCGCACUUUCAAGCUUCCAUCAUCAAGUAUUCUCCACUUCCCGCUUUUCCAAGAAUUUACAGCACCUGGCAUUUCCGUUUUCAAGUCCACUUUCAAGCUUCCAUCAUCAAGUAUUCUCCACUUCCCGCUUUUCCAAGAAUACAGCACCUGGCAUUUCCGUUUUCCCAUUUUCAAGCUUUCCAUCAUCAAGUAUUCUCCACUUCAUGCUUUUUCCAAGAAUACAGCACCUGGCAUUUCAAGUUUCCAUCAUCAAGUCAUUCUCCACUUUUUAAGAAAGCACCUGGCAUCUUUCCGUUUCCCGCACUUUAACUUCCAUCCAUUCUCCCCUUCUUUUUCAAGAAUUCUAGCUUCUGGCAUUUCCGUUUUCUCCUUUUUCAAGCUUCCAUCAUCAAUUUUCUCCUUCUUCCCGCUCCAAGAAUACAGCACCUGGCAUUUCGUUUUCCUGCACUUUCAAGCUUCCAUCAUCAAGUAUUCUCCACUUCCCGCUUUUCAAGAAUACAGCACCUGGCAUUUCCGUUUUCCCGCACUUUCAAGCUUCCAUCAUCAAGUAUUCUCCACUUCCCCUUUUCAAGAAUACAGCACCUGGCAUUUCCGUUUUCCCCACUUUCCUUUUUUCCAUCAUCAAUAUUCUCCACUUCCAAGAAUACAGCACCUGGCAUUUCCGUUUUCCCCGCACUUUCAAGCUUCCAUCAUCAAGUAUUCAUGGUUUCUCCUCUUCCAAGAAACAGCACCUGGCAUUUCCGUUUUCCCCACUUCCAUCAUCAAGUGA